ACAAGAUGAUCUUCCCAGUGGCCCUCCUUGCUGCCUUUAUCCUUUUUCCUGCCACCUUGGGAUCGGAGGAAUGCCACGAAAAGGAUGCUCAACUAUUAAAGUGCCAGACAGACUUGCAUAACGAUGGCCUCGAAAAAUAUGCCCAGAUAUUAAAAUGCCAACAAGAUUAUUCGCACUUGGUGAAAUCGAAUCUGGAAAUGCAAAAUAAAUAUACGGAAGUGCUCAGUCAACUUAUGGAUGAGAAAGUAAAAUAUGCGCAGUUGCAAUCAAAGCAACAGGAAGUUGACAAUCUAAAAGAUUUCAUAAAUCAAAAAAAUAAGGAAAUCGACCUCCUAAAAGAUCAAAUUAAGGAACUAAAAUAAAAAAGUCAACUUGCAACGUUGACUAAACCGAUCCGCGAAGACAUUGAUAAGUU